AUGCAUCAGAUUCGCCUAGUCACCACCUGUAAGUUUCUGGGUCUCCAGCUCCACAGAUCCAGCAUUCGUCCGAGUCGUAAAGCACUCUCCCAGCAGCAACACUCCAUCUCGACCACGCCCACAAUCAUGCAGUCACAGUCGCAGUCACAGAUCUUCCAAACCUUCACCUCGGCCCUCUCGACCCUCUACGGGCCCCUCUCCCCCUCCUCACUAGCCGAUCCGUCAACCUGGGUACCGCCGCAAAAGUCCGGCGGUCACAAAGGGCGCUACCUCUGGACAGACGCAUUCGGCGUGCUUGCACUCCUGACACUCCACGCCGAAACGAAUCGCAAUUCCAACAGUGACAUCCAAGGCAGCACCAACCAUUAUUUGACGCUUGCAGCUCGCCUUAUCGACACUGUCCACAAUGUCCUAGGCCGUCAUCGUUCGGGCACGUCAUUCCUUCCCGGGGCAAGCGAAUCGAACCCCGUCGGCGGGGGGCUGCGAAUCGGCAAGAUGGACGACUCCGGAAGCGACGGCGAUGGCCAGUACCACCAUUAUCUGACUCUGUGGAUGUUCGCGCUGAACCGGAUGAGUAUGGCAACCAAAGACCCAAAGUACAAUCAGCAGGCGAUUGCGCUCGCGAAAGCGAUCCAUGGCCCAUUUUUCAUUAAUCGCAGGAGUGACAAGCCGAGAAUGGUCUGGAAGAUGACUGUGGAUCUCUCGAAGCCGCUGGUCGCCAGUGAGGGAAAUCUAGAUCCGAUCGAUGGGUUUGUCAUGUUCCGACUAUUGCAGGCUACUGCAUGCCAUUUCGAAGGCCGAAACGGCGAGGGUGAAAAAGUGCUGAGAGACGAGAUUGAGGAUUACGCACGCGUGAUGAAGCGCAAGGGUGAGCAUUUCGUUUCGUCGGAUCCGUUGGAUCUAGGGAUGACCAUGUGGACUGUGCAUUGGGUUCUGGAGGAUGAUUGGGGACAACGCUUGGCUGAGAGGUGCUUUGAGCAGAUUUAUGAGCUGCUCGAGAUUCGUCGCUACCUCGACCGGAGCAUGAAAUACCGCCUUGCAUUCCGCGAGUUCGGGACUGCCUUGGGAUUGCGGUGCAUGGCUGAACAAGAAGUAGAGAAAGAGAGGGCUGUUGAUCUCAGGGCAUAUAGUGAACAGAUUCUGAAUGUCUGGAGGCCAGUCAUGGAGGCUUCGCUUUCCGAUGACGCCACGCCAGAGGAUCUGAGGCCCAUCACGAGAGUCAUGUACGCGGCGGCUCUGAUUCCUGGAGGUAAGCAUUUCCCGAAUUUUCUGCAGCACAAAAGCAGUAGCUAA